AUGCACGUACGGCUCGCGCUGCGUCGCUCCAGCAUCUCGAGCGUGCGCCAGCGCCCGAAUGCACUGCAGCCCCCUUCUGUGGCCGUGCCGGACCCUGUGCGUCUGCCAGGUCGUCGCUGUUUCGCCUUCAGUGCGACGUACCCUACGCCCGUGGAGUCUGCUGCGCUGGACGCUGACACACACGAUAAAAAACCCACACCUCGUCUGGUGUGCGGCAAAUGCAACACGACGUUAAGUGCGACAAAAGACCUGGUCUUUUUCCGAUGGCGAAAUGGAAUUCACGUAUCGAAUACAACGGACGAGUCGUUGAAGAACUUGUUCCCCGAAGACGCCGUCGAGGAAGUUGAUGCCCGCUGGAAAAAGCACAAAAUGCUCUGCAUCAAGUGCAAUUAUCAAGUCGGGACAUUGGCGCGGGUCUUUUCGUCCGACAGAGUUCUGUUCAGUGCUGCUCGUGUGGCAAUCCAAUUGUCGGAAGACGAGUCGCCGUUGCUGUCGUUAUCGGGCUAUCCGUCAUCGGUGCUGAGCUUUGCAAUGUGGUCCGAGCUGAUCUUGAUCGCAGAGACGCAGCCACAACUCAAGGACUUGCUGCAGAUCCGCAGAGUGGACAACAUCCAGCUCCACUCGACCGACACAGCGGAGCUGAAUCGCACAAUCCUCAUGGCAAAGGAUUUGCAAGAGCUGCUGCGCGUCGUGGACGAGAACGUGCCCGAGCUGAAUCAGUACAAUAUUCGGACGGCGAUCGAUCGCGCAGGCCGAUUCGUGGCGACGAGAACGACUCGAGCAGACUUGUCGGCAGUCCGUUAUAGCAACAGCUCCAACAAAUCUGAAGCUCCGGAAGAUGAGUUGCUAGCAAUUCCGUCGCCAAAUCCAUUGACCCAGUCGUCGAUCAAGCCUACUGCCUUGGAUACGAAGCGAUUCUGGAAACUGAUCGAUGAGACUGAAAAGCUAGUCAACUUUGGUAUUGCCGCAUUCAAAACUGGCCAAGCGCUUUCCAAUCUUACGACAGCACUGAUGCGGCUUGGCGUGGGGCGCGCGACAAUUCUACAACCUGUGGCUGCGCAAGCUGUGUUCCUGAUGCAAGCUGACGAGCCAAAACUAAGCGCACACGAAGCCUGCAUGAUUGCCUCAGCGAUCGUGCAUUUACUGCCAAGGGAGAGUCGGAGGAGUAAGUGGGUCUUGGACACUUUGGAGGCAACCAGCAAGAUGGUGGUAUCCGAGCUUGACGGAGCGAACAUGAGCGGAGAGGACAAACAGCGAGCGGCUGAGGUGCUUAUUCCGCUGGCUCGAUCAUUCCUGUUCGCCGAGAGUUUCGACGAAGAUCUGUUCCGACGAGCCUUUCGCGAGAUCAACUCACAAGCGCUGAACAAGCUCGAUAUGCCUCUGUACAAGCUCCGAGUGCUCAAGUCGAAGGCGUACCAAGUUCAUUUAGACUGUGAGCUCCACGGCCGACCCGGCGAUUUGAGACUGUCGCCGGCUCUAGAGGAUGAGUGUAAGCAAGCGUUUGAAGCUCACCAAAAGAAGAGCAAGAGCUCGUCGUAUCGCUUGCACCACCUUGUCUGCACGGCACUCGACGAGCUCAAGAUUGCCAACGAAACCUCGUACGGGUUGGAGACGAGCUACCACUUCGACGUGGUGGCACCGAGGCAGAAGAUUGCGAUCGAGAUCAACCAGUCCGAUUGCUAUGCGGUACCCGAGCCGGGCGAUGAAGACAAGGAACCGAAGCCGUUUGGUUUCGUGGAUCUCAAGACACGACACCUGAAGCUUUUGGGCUGGACCGUUAUCAACUUGCACGCCGACCGGUUUCUGCAGCACAAGACACUGGAAGACCGCGUGAUGUACCUGAGCAUGCUGCUGGAAAUCGUCACAUGUCGUGAGCAGAAACCUACGCGAUCCCACCGAGGUGACCGUAGGUCCAGGCAACCGAGUAGUAAAUAG